AUUGACAGAUCUUCUUAGGUGAUAAAGAUCUAGGUAUAAAUAUAAGAUUUAUGAUGGAUGAUGAGAAGGGUUGGGGGAGGGUGUAAGGUAAGCCAGAUGACAGGGUCGACAGUCAACGCAUAGCGAUGCAACAUCGGACACGCGGAACAGCACAUCCUCGGCUAAUUAGAAUAUAGCUGUUUUUUAUGAGCGUGGAAGAGGAAGAGGGAGCCAAUGGAUGAAUACGGUGGAAGAGAGGGGAGGGUCACCCAUGAUCGUGAUAUUUAUUACACGGACCCCCUGCCGGACAUUAGUAUUUAACUCUGCUUCUAUACUAGCAAAUACUGGUGGAGGCCUUCACCCUUCUUUGUUCAGGUGGUUGGAACAAGCCACCAUUUCUAGAAAUCUUUCUUAUUCUUUCCUAAAGAAAGAGAAAGAAUUUGUUUGUGAAAUAUUUUCAUAUAAAUAAUAUAAAAAUGUGUCUUCUCAUCAGUUCACAUCGUCUCUUACAUUUGUUCGAUCUUUUCAAUGAGUUUUAUAUUCUUUAAGAUUACCAAUCGACCUGAUAAACUUCCGGUUAAUCAUAUAUCUCCCUCAUCGAGUGAGACUGUCCAAUGUCUUACUAAACGGGCGAUAGUGAUUGAGGUACGGUGUUAUGUACAGAGAUCAGCAUCCUACGUAAGAACGCUUUCUCAGGGGUCAGGUGAAGUGGUUGGUGAAGAUUCAAGAUAAUUGAACAGUAUAAUCCAUUAGUAGUCCAUUUGCAAAAAUGACGGAAACAUCUAGAGAAGCUGAUGUGCCUGACUCGGAAAAUCCUGAUAAUGCGAGCACGUCUUUGAAUUUAGCAUGUACUCCUGCUAAUAAUGGCAAACCACUUCCGGAGCGUGGAACGUGGAGUACCAAAUUGGAUUUCAUUCUUAGCGUGGUUGGACUGGCCAUUGGACUCGGGAAUGUAUGGCGUUUUCCUUAUCUCUGUUAUAAAAAUGGAGGUGGUGCUUUCUUGAUCCCAUAUUUCUUAACAUUGGUACUAGCUGGUAUACCAAUGUUCUUUAUGGAAUUAGCUCUCGGUCAAAUGUUAACAGUUGGCGGUUUAGGUGUUUUUAAAAUUGCUCCACUUUUUAAAGGCAUCGGUUAUGCCGCUGCUGUGAUGUCCUGUUGGAUGAACGUUUAUUACAUUGUUAUCCUUGCAUGGGCGAUAUUUUAUUUCUUUAUGUCCAUGCACAGUGAAUUACCUUGGGGUAGCUGUAAUAAUUACUGGAAUACAAAAUAUUGCGUAAAUCCUUACGAUAGAAGUUCGUUACUUUGUUGGGAUCAAAUGACAAGGAAUCACAAUGUAAUUAAAAUGUGUUCUGUUAAUCAAAUGAAUGUCACCGUCAAUGAACUCACAGAUCCUGUAAAAGAAUUCUGGGAACGUCGAGCAUUACAAAUUAGUGAUGGAGUAGAGUAUGUAGGUACUAUACGUUGGGAAUUAGCUGGUACUCUAUUAUUGGUAUGGAUUUUAUGUUACUUUUGUAUCUGGAAAGGCGUAAAAUGGACUGGCAAGGUAGUUUACUUCACUUCACUCUUCCCUUACGUUUUACUUACGAUUUUAUUAAUUCGUGGGAUUACUUUGCCUGGUGCAAUGGAGGGUAUAAGAUUUUACAUCAGUCCAAAUCUAUCAAAAUUAAAAGAGUCCGAGGUCUGGAUAGACGCAGUUACACAGAUUUUCUUUUCCUAUGGACUCGGUCUUGGAACAUUGGUUGCUCUUGGUAGCUACAACAAAUUUACCAACAACGUUUACAAAGAUGCCCUAAUCGUUUGCUCGGUAAAUUCAUCAACCAGCAUGUUUGCUGGCUUUGUCAUCUUCUCGGUUGUUGGCUUCAUGGCUCAUGAACAACAAAAACCUGUAGCCGAAGUUGCUGCUUCAGGACCAGGAUUAGCUUUUCUUGCUUACCCUUCUGCAGUCCUUCAAUUACCAGGUGCACCUCUCUGGUCGUGUCUUUUCUUCUUUAUGUUACUUUUAAUUGGUCUGGAUUCGCAAUUUUGUACUAUGGAAGGGUUCAUCACUGCAAUGGUAGACGAAUGGCCUCAGUUAUUACGUCGACGUAAAGAAGUGUUUAUUGCGAUAGUCUGUGCUUUAUCUUAUCUCAUUGGACUCUCAUGUAUUUCGCAAGGUGGAAUGUACGUCUUCCAAAUCCUGGACUCUUACGCUGUAUCUGGAUUCUGCUUACUUUUCCUGAUCUUCUUCGAAUGUAUCUCGAUCAGUUGGGCUUUCGGGGUGAACAGAUUUUACGAUGCUCUUCGGGAUAUGAUCGGUUAUUAUCCUCUAAUGUGGUGGAAAUUUUGUUGGACUAUAACAACUCCGAUGAUAUGUGUCGGAGUUUUUGUCUUCAACUUGGUGCAAUGGACACCGGUAAAAUACUUGGAUUAUGAGUAUCCUUGGUGGUCACACGUAUUGGGAUGGUUCACAGCAUUAUCGUCUAUGCUUUGCAUACCAGGAUACAUGUUAUAUGCAUGGAUGAAAACACCAGGUGAUAACAGUACGAAAUAUAAAUUGUUAAUUCGAAUAGAAGAUGAUGUUGCAGCGUUACGAACAAAAAUGGGCCAACCAUCGGUCGAAUUAACACCACUUUAAAAUGUUUAGUCCUUGUUUUUCUCAAUUACCUGGAUCACAGGGAUCUAUUUUGACCUUAUGAGAUAUGAGGAGAAAGAACGCAACACUGCCGUUCUCGUUGCUUCCAGAAAGUUUCAACGCUUUAUGCGUAUGACAAUUGAAUCGGCUUAUUAACUAGCCAAUCUUGUAGGUAAUACGUCGAUCUAUCGCGAACAGUGCAAUAUAAACAAUAACAAAUGAUAUUAAUAGCGCUAUUUGUUAUUAUUACUUCGGACAUAUUGGAAAGGACGAGAAUUCUGCUUCUAUUAUUAAUCGUUGGCGUUAAAACUCUUGUAAAAAGUUGUGUAAAAAAAAGGAAGAGUGUGUUAUAUCUAAUGUAGGCAUAUGCCAACAAAUAAUAUAUACACGUGUCUUUAUGUGCAAUGUACUCAUAAUACGUUAUUAGUUUGAGUUGCACUUGUAUGCUCUUUAGGUUGAGAAUUUAGUACCUUUAGAAAGAUCAAUAUAUGUGUGUGUGUAUAUAUAUAUAUAUAUAUAUAUAUAUAUAUAUGUGUACACAUAAACAUACACACGUAUAGAGUUAUAUUACAUAAACGUAGGUAUAUAGGAUAUAUAGAUGUGUAUGUAUAAAAAGAAUAAUAUAUGUCAAAAGUUAGAUUUAGUAUGCUUAUAAGAUCGCAUAAAGAAUUAUUAAGAAGAAAAAUCAAAAAACAAAACAAAAAAAAACAACAAAUAAUUUAUUCGUUAUUGUUUAUCACACUUAAUUAUUCUAUUUGAGUUUUAACACCAAUCGUGAAAGAGUAAAUGAAAUGACGAAAAAAAACCAACAAUAAAAAAGAAAAGGCAAACUUCAAUUAAAAUCAUUACUUUACUAUUGAGUAUAAUCAAAAGAAAUAGUGCAUGUACAUGCAUAUGUAUAUGCAUCCGUAAUGUGUUCAUAUAAUGAAUAUAAAAUGAUGAUCAUUUGUGGAUCGACGUGUAGACGAUCUCCAUUUCGAGUAUUUCUUUUUUUUUGUUUCAUUUUUUCGAAAAAAUACAAGAUAUAAGACGAAUAGAAAAAACAUUCACUUAAUUCGAUAAACAUUUAAUGCGACUGUUAUUAAAUUCGAUUUCGAUUAUAGCAUAUUGUAUGUACAACAAAAAUAUCAAAUCUGUUAUUUAUUAUUUCAUUAGAUUGAUAAUUUGAUUUAUUUCAAUUUAGAAAUUAAAUCAUGACGCGCUUAAUACAAAUCUCGGUUUAAAUUUCGCGCCAAAAUAGAAUGGGCCAUUUGGCUUGUCGCAUACGAAAUAUUAUUUAUUGCAAUAAUAUUACUUUAUAACUAUUAUUAUUAUUAUUAUUAUUAUUAUUAUUAUUAUUAUUAUUAUUAUUAUUAUUAUUAUUAUUAUUAUUACUAAUAUUAUUAUUAAUCCCUUCAUUUAUUAUUAAUAUUUAUUAUUAACAACGAUCUUUUUUUUUUUCAAUGACUUUUUUUUUGAAACUUUAGUCUUUUCUAUAUAUCUUAUUAUAUUUAUUACGACAUCGAGAUCUUUACGUCGGUUGUUCGUUUUUAUUUUUUAUUUUAAUCAUUAAGUUUCAUUUCGCAUAAAAAAAUUUUAAUUUCCAAGAGACAUAUUGAGAUAUACGAUCAUAAUAAUAUCAAUCUACAUUGAUGCCUCCAGUACAUGCUGUUAACGAAAAUGUUAAUUAAUCAGUAUAAUUGGAUUUAAAAAUAACAUUGUUUUAUUCAUAUGAAUUGUAUUACAAUGACACGUCAAAUAAAUUUUUGUGAUUAUGUAACUCGGUAGAACAAUGAUAAUAAUCCUUCACUUUUUUAAAUUUGGGAAAAUACUAUCAAAGUAAAGAUAAUAAUUAAUUAAUGGUAAAACAUAAAAGCGCUUGCAUAAUAAGCUUAUAAAUUAUUUGAUUUAUCCGAUAAUGAUUUGAAUGAAAAAGAAGAAUAUUUCUAUAAAUCAAAUAAAAUCGCUGAAAAAAAUUAUACCGAUGUUAUUUGUAAACAGAAAAAAUAUUGUCAAUUUUUAUUGAACAUAUUUUUUCAGACUGUAUAUUUUGCGCAAGUGUAAUAUGUUCUGUCAUAAUCAGAUUUUACAUAACCUGUAUAUUUUGUAUAAGUAUAUAAAAUAAUCUGCCAAGCAAAUAAUCCAAACCCCUCCAAAAAACUCAGUUAUAUAUUAUUCCUAUUGUGUUAUUUAAAACAAAAAAUAGCAUUAAUAAUAUAUCUAAUGCUAUUUAUCAUAUUGGAUGAAGAUUUUGAUCUAAAUCAAUCUUAAAUUAAUUUACAUUAAACUAAAGUAAAUAAAUCAAAACAUAUCUUAUUUAUUUAUCUUUAUAUCCUGUAUUCUAUAUUCUGGUGAUCAGUCUCUACAUAGAUUCUCUAGUAAAAAAUUAAACAUUCUAAAAUAUAAUUCCUUUUUUCUUGAAUUUUAUUCUGUUUUUCAAUCCAACCAUCUCAUAUGAAUUAUAUUUACUCUUCUUUCUUUACAAUCUAACAUUCUUUUAUAUAGAUUAUACAACACUCUUGAUUUGAUAGAUUUUUCUCUUAAGUUCUAAAGAGGAUGCUUCUUUGAUAAGACAUAGAGAUUGUAAUGUAAAUUGAUUCUUGAGAUUUAUAUUUACUAUAAUAUUUUUGUUUAUUGAAAUAUAAGUAUGACAUAGAGAGUUAUUGUCAUAUAGAUCAAAUAUAUGGAUUAAAGUUAAAUUAUACAGUUA